CGGAGUGGGCGAGCGCAGGAAACUUAUCUGGGUCAGCUACGCACCAUGGGGAGCUGCUGCUUGCAUCUUUUUAGGACACUACUGUGCACGGCUGGACUCUUAUACAGCUACGCUCACAUCCACACAGAGGAAUACAGAACUAAACAUUUACCUUAUUUCACCACGUCAGAAAACGGCAAUGAACAGCAACUGAUCAAUGAUUUACAUGAGGUUUUGGAAAGACUUCAGAACCAUCAAUUUCCAGCUCUGAGAAAAAAGCACGGCUAUUUGCCUGUGUGUGAUCCAGGAGAACAAUGUGCACUGAGGAAAGGCUCCAGGAUCGGGAAACUAUGCGACUGCUCUUUGCCAAGAACAUGCAACUCUUUUCUGCACCGUUGUUUGUAAUUAACUUUGUGUUUGUGACCUUGCUCAUGUCAUCAUCCCAUUUUGUCUUUUUCUG